UUUGACCAAAAUGGGCACGUUUUUAGUCCUAACUUUUUUGUUUUUUUUCUUUUUCACAACAGAUGCAAGAUACACAACACUCGAUGCAUUGUUGGAAAAUGUGACAACAACUGUCUACAAAUACAACUACAACAGCGCUGAAGAUAAGUCAAUAAGACUCAUCGUGACUGUUGAAUACAGUUUAUUCAAUUUAAUCCUUUUGGGGAUGGUGCUUUGUAGCUGGAUCCUCAAGAAAAUUGUACUGAAACUUACAAGAAAUGCAGAAGAGGAAGAACGUUUCAAUCUACAGCAACAAAAUUACAAACUUAUGCAAGAAUUGGUGGAACAGCAAGCCAAAAUCAUAGACUUACAAAUGAAACUGGGGAUGCUUAAAAUGCGGUAUGGUAGUCAUAGACGUAUUCUACCUUGAAUCAGUAACCGGCAUCUUUCUUCAACUGACCAGUGUUCUUUAUGUGUCUUUAUGAGUUGCCGUCAAAGUGCUCCAUCCUGUUGCCACUCCCUCACCAAGUUGGUUCAAAGUUGUCCGGCUGGCGGUCAAGAACAUAUUGUGGGCAGUAAUAACCUGUUGACCCUCAAUGGACCUACACAUAUACAUUCUGGUUGGUCAGUAGUUUUUAGUUGUAAUUAUAGAAACCAGUUCAAAUCCGGGUACUACUCUGUAAAAUGUUUUGAAGUUCACCCAGCUCUAAUGGGUACCUGUCUCAAGUUAGUAAACCAUUGUAAAUAUUUAUUACACAUUAUUUUUCUUAACAAAUAUUUUCAGAUAUGUGAUAUGUAAUAUGAAUAUCAUUUUUCCAUAACUCCUUGUUCCACCAUACAUUUAUUCCAUUCAUAAUUCUUGUCAAGCUCACUAGUUAUAAAUAUUCAGUUUUUGACAAUGUUUGUAGUUUCUUAUGGAUGUGUUAAUCAAUUGGGAUUUACUUUUGUGCUUGUUUCUAAAAAAAAAAUUGAAAUGUUUGGUGGCAACAAGUUUGAGCUAUACAGAUACAUAAAAUAACAGUUCACUAAUCUAUACCAUUAUGUAAGUCAAAAAUUUAUCACCUAUUUAUUUCAAACUUUGAGAUUUAAAAAGAAAAUUAUGUUCUGAAAUUUUUUUAAACUGGCUUUGAUAUAAAAAAAAAAAAUUAAAAUUGUUUACAUAAUUAAGAAUAGAUGUCUUAGAGUUUUCUUGUAGUACCAAUGUAAUAAAAAAUGUAUCUACUUUCCUACAGCAUCAUUUUUCAACAAAUUAAAGUUUAAUGUGAAAUUGAUUUUUAGAAAAGCUGAAAAUAAAGCAAAUUAUUGAAUAGCAGAAUUCAGUUAGUUUUUUAAAUAUU